UUAUCAAAUUUAUUUGUUUUUGUUUUUUCUUAAUUUCGUUAUUGCUGGUCUCUUUUUCAAGUUGUUAAAACCGAACGCGAACGAGGCUUCAACUCUAGAAUUACAUUUGUUCUCGACAAUUUCGCACAAAUCAUAUUUGCAACAAAUUUCUUAAAAGGAAUGCUGAGCAUUUGCCGAGAGGUUGUUUCAAAAAGGGUCUGUGCAAUUGCUGUUCGAAAGCUGUGUACAGUGAUGAACGGAAGCAUUAUGCAUGAUGAGAAUAACCAGUUAUUUUUUGUAGAACUGAACAACGACGGAGGACGGGCAGUUUUGGAGUAUGAAAAAACUAGCCCACAUAUAUUGGAUUUUUACCAUACUGGUGUUCCUGUAACUCACAGAGGUCAAGGAAUAGCAAAGCAUCUUGUAAAGGCUGGGUUUGAUUUUGCAUUUGAAAAGAACUUGAAGGUGAAGCCAACCUGUAGUUAUGUACAAAAGUAUGUGAAAGACAAUCUCACUGAGGGGAGAGACGUAACAUGCGAACGAGGUGGGACAUUCCACGAAAAUCAAAAUGGCGUUAGCUUUAAGAAAAUCCAUUUUGGUUAUGAGAAGACCAAGAGCAUUGAUGAACCAGGUGAGAUAUGUUGAAAAUGCUUUAAACUUUUCUUUUGAGCGACACCGCUGUGUCUCUACUAGAAUUGUUAAUUUUUCUAAAGGGGCUCCAAAGAUAUAUACAAAAACUGGCGACAAAGGAACAACCAGUUUGUUUACAGGGGAAAGAAGACCAAAGAAUGA